UCCAGAUCAAGUGUAGGAUUGUGAACUACCGAGCCCGGCAGAGAAAGUGGUCGAACACCACGUUCAGUGUUUGGCAAAAUCGCUGUCUACGUGGGAGAGAAGUCGCUAGCAAAACAAGGGGAGGUGAUCAGGAGCAGGAAAGUGAUGCUCGUAUGGUUUUACUUGCACAUGAGUGAAGAUGUGGCUGAAACCAGAAGAAGUUAUGUUGAAGAAUGCUCUGAAACUGUGGGUGACUGAGAAAUCCAAUACUUACUUUGUACUUCAAAGGCGGAGAGGUUAUGGGGAAGAAGGAGGAGGUUUGACAGGUCUACUUGUUGGAACCCUUGAUGCAGUGCUGGACUCAACUUCCAAAGUGGCACCAUUCCGUAUUUUGCACCAGACUCCUGAAUCUCAGAUGUAUUGGUCAAUUGCAUGUGGAGCCAGCAGAGAGGAAAUAACAAAGCACUGGGACUGGCUUCUGAAUAAUGUCAUGAAAACACUGUCCGUGUUUGACUCCAGUGAGGAUAUCACUAGCUUCGUUCAGGGAAAGAUACGAGGGCUAAUAGCAGAAGAAGCCAAGGACUCCUUGUUUCAUGAAGAAGAUCCUGAUAAAUUUCGAGAAACCCUAAUGAAGUUUGAGACAUGGUUUGGAUUACCUGAAGAAGAAAAGUUGGUGACAUACUAUUCUUGCAGUUACUGGAGUGGACGGGUGCCAUGCCAAGGGUGGCUAUACCUUAGUACUAACUUCCUUAGCUUUUACUCCUUUCUCUUGGGAUCAGAAGUGAAGUUUGUUAUCCCCUGGGAUGAAAUAUCAAAGCUUGAAAAGACCUCCACUGUGCUGCUCACGGAGAGUAUCCAUGUAUCCGCUCGCGGAGAAGACCAUUAUUUUUCCAUGUUCCUUCACAUUACUGAAACAUUCCUGUUAAUGGAACAGCUUGCAGACUAUGCUAUGAGAAGACUGUUCGAUAAAGAGACUUUUGAGAAUGAGCCAUGUCUUGCAGACCCUCUUCAGAUCACAAAGGUAGUAGGUGUGGAUACGUCGGGCUCUGGAAAUAAGCCUCUGAUCAUUUUUACAAAAGGGAAACGAGCACUUCGCUUCAGUGAUGUCAGGGAUAAUGAUCGUCUGAUGGCAAAACUGAGGCUGGCUUCUGGGGCAGUUGUAAGUCCACAACACAGCGCAAGCAGAGAGAUUUCCGAAGUCUCCCUGAGUAAAAGUGAUAGUUUGGAAGAUUAUUCAGAAGAUCAGCAGAUAAGUCUGAAGGACAGCAUUAGGACUGUGAGCACAGAAGCACUGAUGACAGUGUUUCAUCCUCAGGAUGCCGAGAACCUUGAACCUAAAAUGCUUAAAGAAAAGAUGAAGGAGCAGUCCUGGAAUAUUCACUUUGAAGAAUAUGGUCGCGGGGUCUGCAUGUUUCGAACUAAGAAGACUCGUGACCUUGUGAUAAGAGGAAUCCCAGAAAAUUUAAGAGGAGAACUGUGGUUGUUGUUUUCUGGUGCUGUAAAUGACAUGGCAACGCAUCCUGGUUAUUAUAAUGAAUUGGUAGAGGAAUCAAUGGGCACUUGUAGUCUGGCUACAGAUGAAAUUGAACGAGAUUUACGUCGAUCUUUGCCAGAGCAUCCAGCUUUCCAGAGUGAUACAGGCAUCUCAGCUUUAAGAAGAGUUCUUACAGCCUAUGCCUAUAGGAAUCCCAAAAUAGGGUACUGCCAGGCCAUGAACAUAUUGACAUCCGUGUUACUCCUCUACGCAAAGGAAGAGGAGGCUUUUUGGCUUUUGGUAGCCGUCUGUGAAAGAAUGCUACCAGAUUAUUUCAAUCGUCGAAUCAUUGGUGCCCUUGUGGACCAGGCUGUUUUUGAGGAGCUUAUUGGAUGUCAUCUUCCACAACUAACUGCUCACAUGGCAGACAUGACGUUCUUUUCUUCAGUCUCUCUUUCCUGGUUCCUCACACUCUUCAUCAGUGUCCUCCCAAUUGAGAGUGCAGUGACUGUUGUGGAUUGUUUCUUUUAUGAAGGAAUAAAAGCAGUCCUGCAGCUGGGCUUGGCCACACUUGAUUAUAACAUGGAGAGGUUGCUCAACUGCAAGGAUGAUGCUGAAGCUGUGACAGUGUUAAACAGGUUUUUUGACAACGUCACCAACAAGGAUAGCCCAUUGCCUCCUUCCGUACAGCAGGCUCCAGUUCUGAAUGAUGGGAAGAACUCUCAUCCAAAAGUAGACAUCAGUGACCUAAUCAGAGAGUCUUAUGAGAAAUAUGGUGAUAUUCGCUCAGAAGAAGUAGAAAGUAUGCGGUGUAGGAACAGAUUAUAUGUUAUUCAGACUCUAGAAGGAACUACAAAGCAAAAUGUGUUAAGGGUUGUGAGCCAAGAGGUGAAGUUUUCGGCAGCGGAGCUGGAAGACCUGUAUGACCUGUUUAAGAUGGAGCAUUUCCUUAGUUGCUACUGGACUUUGAAUAGUCCGUCCCUAAAGCACCAUGACCCUAGUCAGCCAUAUUUGGACCAGUAUCAGAUAGACUGUCAGCAGUUCAGAGUGUUGUACAAUUUCCUGAGUCCUUGGUCUCACUGUGCAAAUAAGGACGCAUUAGCACUAUGGACAUUCAGGCUGUUGGAUGAAAACUCUGACUACCUCAUCAACUUUAAGGAGUUCUGUUGUGCAUUAGAUGUCAUGUAUAAUGGAAGCUUUACAGAUAUACUGAAGUUACUCUUUAAGAUGCAUAUACCACCAGCUUUCACUGAGGUAGAAUCACAGAAUCCGUCAAAUGUUACAAAACUUUCAAAGGAAGACUUAAUACGCUUCAGCCAACUGAACGUGUCAACUGUGAGUGAUCAGAAUGAUUGUUCUGUGAAAAAGAGUCCAGAAAGAGCGAAAGGGAAACUGGAUAUACAGAUGUACCUCAAACAGUGGCAGGACGAACUGCUCAAGAAAGAAGAAAGCAUUAAGAAUUUUCCAAGAAUGUCUCAGUCACAAUUCAUUCAAUUCUCAAAGACCAUGUUUAACCUUUUCCAUGGUGAUCCUGAGGAGGAACUGUUGUACAGAGCCAUAGCGAAUGUUACAAGACUCUUGCUGAAAAUGGAGGAAGUGGGCAGAAAGCUCACCAGCCCAACUUCUCCAGCCAGAAGCAUGCCUGCUAGUCCAGCAAGCCAGGGCAGUGAAUCCGGAAUCCAAGACUGUUCUGAAGAUAAGGCUGAAAGCACAUCAAUUCCAUCCCCUCAAAAGGAUGAUGAAAUGGAAUGGUCCUUUGCAUUUGAACAGAUACUUGCUUCACUUUUAAAUGAACCAGCUCUUGUGAGGUUCUUUGAGAAACACGCAGACAUUAAAACUAGACUGGAAAAAGUGAAACAAACCCCACUAAAGUGCCGAGUAAAAUUAUAAUUUUUAUUUAAUGCCUCUGUGGAGAAAAUUAACAAAUUUCACUGAACUUUUUUUUCCACUGGUUUCGAUUAGUGAUCCACUGUUUUUAUGCGGAUAGCCAAAACAUAUUUGCUUGUUAAAGCAGCCGAUGCUAUUAAACUUGAAUUGUGCACCCAGAUUAUUAACUGUUUUGGCAACUUGCUAAACUAAGUGGGGAGAUUCAACAAUUUUGUAAAUUUUUACAGUAGGCAAGGAGAGGUGCUUUAUUGUAAAAAAAAAAAAAUAAUAAUAAUAAUAAUUUCUGGUAUCAUUCCACACAGGGCACUGCUGUAGCAUUUUGUGUAAAAUUAGGAGCAUGAUUAUGCACUUUGUUUUUAUGACCUUAAACCAUAAAACAUACUUAAUACCUGCCUUUUAGGACUGUACAGGUACAGUAA